GUGACAGUUGCGGCUGCUGAAGCUGGAGUGUGUUUGAGUUUCUUUCAGAAAGUAGCGUUCUUGUGUCACCAUGGAUUGAAGUAUACAUCGCAAAGUUUUGUGCACGUCUUUGGCUAUUUAAAUUUAUAGCUGUGCAUUUUCGAACAUUUAAAUAUCGCAGGAAAUAUAUUUGACAAUCGAUCCACGCUUGUUUUCUCUGGCUCUGCUCUGCAGAGUGUACGUAUGAUUUGUACAUGAAGAAUGACAGUAUAUAAUGUGUUUUUGAGUAUAAUAAAGUGUUUCUACUGACACGGAUUGGUUAAAGGCCGAUUUGAUUAAACAUGGAAUACAGUGCUGGUAUUAUUUAUUGACUAAAUGAAUUGAAAUUGAACAAUAGCAUGUGUUCACAAAAAGGAAUGUGUACCAGUAUGGAUAUGUGACACCGUUGGAAGUAUUUGUUAGAAUAUUAUAAUGUUUGUUUUGUGAAAAAAGUAUAAGAAGAAGUAUUUAAUUCUAUAAUAAAAGAAAACUUUUUUUCAUCUUCUUGUGCAUUUAGUGCAUAAACUAACUGAGAAACCAUGGCAUCACCAGUGUUUAAGAUAGUAAUUCUAUUUGUGCUGGGAUUAACAAUUUCUAGUCAAUUUGUAACUGUUGAAGCUUCAAACUGUACCAAAGACUCUGAAGAAUGUCGUCCUGGCAUAUUAAUUCCAAUGUGGACACCAGUUGGGAAUUUAAGCGCAGGAGACAAAGCAGCGCGAGCCAUUGUGUAUAUGGCAGCAAUGAUCUACAUGUUUUUAGGCGUUUCCAUUGUGGCCGAUCGCUUUAUGGCAGCCAUUGAAGUAAUUACAUCGAAGGAAAAAGAUGUCAUUAUCAAACGCUCAGAUGGUGGGACCCAAGUUGUCACUGUUAGGAUUUGGAAUGAGACUGUAUCAAACUUGACGCUGAUGGCCCUUGGUUCUUCGGCACCUGAAAUUCUACUGUCCGUAAUUGAAAUUUGCUUCAUGAAUGGUUUUAAAGCUGGAGAAUUGGGUCCAGCAACCAUAGUCGGAAGUGCUGCAUUUAACUUGUUUGUCAUCAUGGCCAUUUGUGUUUCUUGCUUGCCUGGCGAAGAAGUUAGAAGAAUCAAACAUUUAAGGGUAUUCAUUAUAACUGCCUCUUGGAGUAUAUUUGCCUAUCUUUGGCUGUAUUUCAUUCUGUCUGUGACAUCAUAUGGUGUUGUAGAUAUUUGGGAAGCUGUGGUGACAUUCAUGUUCUUUCCAAUUACUGUUCUAACUGCAUAUAUUGCAGAUAAACAGAUAUUUGUGUACAAAUUCCUUUCAAAGAAAUACCGGUCGAGCAAGCACACUGGUGUUGUCAUUUCUUCUGAAGGUGACACAGAAAUGGGCAAAGCUAACCAUGUUGGGGACGAUGUUGUAUUUGCGGGCAUGGAAAGUCAAGACAAAGACGUCAGAGAGUUUGAAACCCACAGGAAAGAAUUCAUGGACAUCUUGAAAGACCUUAGGAAGAAAAAUCCUAAUGCAGACAUGAAAACGCUGGAAGAGAUGGCAGAGUUAGAAGCAAUCAACCGUGGUCCAAAGAGUCGAGCCUUUUACAGAAUUCAAGCAACAAGGAAACUCACUGGAAGUGGAAAUGUCAUCAAGAAAUCCAAAAUAGAAAAGAAAGCCAGUCUUGAAGAUGUGCGUGUUGACCUUGAAGAUGAAGGCAUCACUAGGGUUUCCUUCGACCCAGGACACUAUACUGUCAUGGAAAAUGUUGGUACAUUCAACUUGACCGUCACUAGAUUUGGUGGUGACCUUAGCAAAACCUUGUAUGUUGAUUACAAAACUGAAGAUGGAACUGCUAAUGCUGGUUCUGACUAUGAAUUUACUGAAGGAACGCUGAUUUUCUAUCCUGGUGAGGUGCAUAAGCAGUUUCCCCUGACUGUUAUUGAUGAUGAUCUUUUUGAAGAAGAUGAGCACUUGUAUGUGCGUUUAAGUAACCUAAGAAUUUUAGAUGGUGAAAGAAUGAUCGAUCCCAAUAGUGUCAGUAACUAUGCCAAACUUGGAACCCCCUUCCUUGCAACCGUGAUGAUUCUUGAUGAUGACCAUCCAGGAAUAUUCCACUUUGAAGAGAAGGAUGUUAAAGUUUCUGAGGCCAUUGGGGAAAUUGAAAUCAAGGUGGUGCGAUCCUCCGGGGCGCGUGGAACCGUGAAGGUGCCGUACAAGACGUCAGAUGGAACAGCAAAAGGAGGCAAGGACUAUGAAAUCGUUGACAGUGAGCUCAUCUUCGGGAACGACGAAACUGAACAGUUAAUUAAGAUCCACAUCAUCGACGAUGAAGAGUACGAGAAGAAUGAGGAUUUCAUUGUCACACUUGGCGAACCGUCCCUGACAAGACGAGGAUCCGAAGAAGAGGGCGAUAGUUCGAUCCAUAUUCUCCGCAGAAAAACGGCAGGCAAGGGAAAGUCCCCGGACACAGACUCGGGAAUGGCUGUGAACAGUACAGAGGAUGAACAACUACAGGAGCUCGGGAAACCUCGCCUUGGUGACAUCAUCAAGUGCCGCGUCAACAUUAAGGAGUCGCAGGAGUUUAAGAGUGUCGUGGACAAGCUGCUGAAGAAGGCCAAUGUGUCACUGGUUAUUGGGACGUCCUCGUGGCGAGAACAGUUUGUUGAGGCCAUCACAGUCAGCCCAGGGAAAAAACUUGAUGAUGAUGAUUCAGGUGAGGAGGAUGAGGAUGAAGACAAGCUGCCCUCAUGCUCUGACUAUGUGAUGCACUUCCUGACACUCUUCUGGAAGGUCGUGUUUGCUCUCAUACCUCCCACAGAUUACUGGGGUGGUUGGCUGUGUUUCUCUGUGUCAAUCGGCAUGAUCGGGUUGUUGACGGCCUUUAUCGGAGACCUGGCAUCAAGCUUCGGAUGUACGAUCGGCCUGAAGGACUCAAUCACUGCCAUCUCAUUUGUGGCCCUUGGAACCAGUGUACCAGAUACCUUUGCCAGUAAAGUUGCUGCCGUAAACGACAAGUACGCAGAUUCAUCUAUAGGAAAUGUGACGGGUAGCAACGCUGUGAACGUUUUCCUCGGUAUAGGAAUUGCGUGGACAAUCGCGGCUGUGUACCAUGCCGCAAUAGGCGAAAAGUUUGAAGUUGAUCCAGGCACGCUAGCUUUUUCAGUGACUUUGUUCUGUAUAGAAGGUGUUGUUGCCAUGGCAAUUCUCAUGUUUAGAAGAAAAAAAAGCAUUGGUGGAGAAUUAGGUGGUCCGAAAAAUUCGAAAAUUGCUACAUCAGUAAUUUUUCUGUUUUUCUGGAUCUUCUACAUUUUAAUGUCUGCCAUGGUUGCAUACUGUUAUGUGCCAGGGUUUUAAUCUAAGAUAAAAGUAGGAUGCAUUAUAGGCAUGAAAACAUUGAAGACAGAUUAGGCGCAUAUUCAGACAGCAAAAACUGUGUGAACAAAAUGGAAAAGCCAUGAUUGAAGUGGUGUCUUUACAGAAAACAUUUCUGACAAGACUGACAACGCUUGAAUUUGGAUCCCUGUUGGUCCAGAGUGAAAGAUGAGAGUGUAAACCAUUUUGAAUCUCCUUUCUGGUGUAUGGUGAAGAGUAUUCGACAGGGGAGAUAAUGGUUGCCAAAAGGUUGCAAAAUUUUUUGCAAAAGUUUGAAUCCAAACCUGCAUGUAAAUUCCUAUUAUUCCAGAAUUGUUACAAAUAACAUGCAUUACAUUUGGUUGUCCUUCAUGCAAGUACAAACGAUUCGAAUUAUAGUUAUAGCCUACGGCAUUCCUGUAUGCUUGGGAGACUGACUGUUUUGUAUAGUUGUCGGAGAAUUUUCUUUGUACUCGUGCACUUUACCAGUUACAUUUCUUCUUGCAGUUGUUUUUACUAUUAUUGUUAUUAUUAACUCGUUAAAACCUUAAAAUUUUAUGCAUAUUUCAUUGUUAAGUAGGAAGAGUAGCUGAGGUUGUCACUAAGGCUGGUGGUACUUGUACAGUAUAGGGGUGGAAUAUUUAUUACUAGAGUUUAAAGUUGAAUCUUUUUGUUAUAUUUUACUUCAGUUAGUAAGUUUAUGCAUAGUUGUGAUAAAUACUUUGCCUGCCAGCUUUUCUUUAAAGCCAUUUUUACUGCUUCUUGUGUCACGUACACAAUUAUAAAUAUCGGGGAUUUUUUUCUCUCUUUUUGUAUUAGUUUACUGAUUCUAUUAUUUAAACCUUAUCAUAUGAAAUAAAGUUUCUUAGAAUAUCUGUGUGAAUGAAGGGAAAAUAUUCAGACUGCGAUCUAGAUUGACAUAAAAAGUGAAGAUACCAGUUUGUUUCAAACAUUUAAUUAUAAUGUGGAUAUCCAGUAGUUGGAUAUUGCCUGGCUGUACGUUUAAAUAUUUUGUUUCAAGCAAUUUGUUUAUUUGGUCUUUCUAAAAAAAAUCUAUAAGCUUUAAAACAAAACAUUGCAUGAUAUCAAUUUUUUUUUUUUUUAAGAUUUUCUUUUUAAUUUAAAACUUCAUUGAAAUGUAUUCAUCAUUUACUUUCUAAAAGUUUAUCUAACCAGAACUUUACAAAUGUCAAUUUGGUACCAUUAAAUAGAUUCUGUAGCAAUUAAAGCGGCUCAUUUAAUUCUGCUCUUAACUUCAAAUGAUUUAUUUUCAUUUAACUGCCAAAAAAUUUUGUUUUAGCACAAAUUACCUGUAUUUCAUUGAGACACUUUCAUAUCUAGUUUUAACCAGAUUAGUAAACAGAGGUGAUUACACAAUGAAAUGUUGUAUAUUUAUUUUUGUUUAUAUUUUCACGUCAAUUUCGCAGUGCAUCAUUGUAUCAUGGUCAUUGUCAAUAUUUGUUUCAUCCAUGCUUUCCAUAAAAAAUGCGAAAAUUACAAAGAAAAAAAUCAAGACUGAAAGAGAAUUUUGAACACCAAUAAAACUACCUCAGCCAACUGUAGAGAUAUUAUAUUAAAAGCAUUUUAAUGAUCAUAUAAAAUAAUUAAUGUUACUGACUCUGCUUUUUAUAAAGCUUUUAAUGGUCAAUUCUUGGUUUUAGUUUAGGUCAAUGUAGACUUGAAAAAUUGAAAAUUUCUGGACGAUAAUACAUUAAGUAUACUUUUUUUUUCAGAGAAUAAAAAUAUCUGUGUGCAUAGUUACUCAUUUUAGAAUUGCAUGUUUUGUGUUUAAGAAUUUGUACAUAGUUUGAACAUCCUAAUUUAUUUUUCAAUAUAUUGCAUUGAUUUUGUUAUUGUUCUCUGUUCUGUUAUGAAAAACUGUUUAUCAUAUAAAAUCUGUUUAAUUCAGUGAAAAAUCUGGACCCAAUUUCUCGAAAUAUCUUACAAGUGUAACUGGAUCAUAUUACCUUUAGCCUUAAUACUUAACUUUUACUUGAUAUUAUGAACCAAAAAUAGUUUAUCAUGAUGAUUAGUCAUGGAAAUUAGUCUUUUGGAUGAACAAGCCUGAAUUCUUAUAAUACUGCUUGGCAUAACUUUUUUGAACAAGCCCUGCUGUAUUAAACCCAGAAUUUGAGCAAGCCCAGAAAGCAUUUAACCAGUGCAGAGCUUGCGGGCUUGUGCUUAUUUCGACCAAUAGAUUAUCCUUAAAUUGAUUUCCUUAAAAAUCUCAAAACUCUUGAAAAGGAGAAAAAUACACAAUUUAUACCAAACAAAAACAUAAAUGUGAGCUUAGCUUCAUCUUAAGAUUGAUCGAGAAAUUGGGGAAAUAGAAAUCAGAAACAUGUGUAUAUUAUAGAUAUAAAUUAUAUCAUUUUUCUAUGUUCUUGUUAGCUCAUAACCAACUGGUUGUAUUGAUAGUAUGAAUACAGCUGAAUGUUAACUGGUCGCAUGAAUUCAAGAAUGAACAAGAUGGAUGUUCAGUAUUAAGACUGUGAUAUAGAAUAGAAAUCCAUUCAGAUCAAACGUAUGGAAGCCAUUAUGUUAGGAAGUUAGGAACUGAGUUCAACUGUUCAGAAAAGUGAUACUGAGAAUGUAUACGCUAAACUGAGAUUUAAUUGAUAAUUUAUUAAUGUUUUUUUCAGUGUGUUUAAGAAAGUUUAACUUCCAAUUAAGAACAAAGUAUUGUCAUUUUUUGUAGUACAGUCCAGUUUGGAGGGGGUGUUACAGACCUUAAAGAUAAAGGAUUGUUGAUUUUUGAGAGGUAUGAAUAAUUUGUUUUACGAUAUUUAAAGGUGAUAUUGAGAUUUGCAUGUGGCUGGAGGUGGGAAAUAUGUAUGGUAAAGGUUUGAAGAUUAAGUUGGUGAGGUUUGUCUUAGUUAUAUUUAAGUAAUCAUGAGGCACAUGAGAGUUACUGAAUGUCUAAACUAGGUUACUUGUAGCUGUGUUAAUUGGUUUUUGAUUUGAUAUGGGGAAAUACUUUUCGACUAUUAGUCCUCAAGAUAUUGUAUUUCUAGUUAGGGAUAAAACACAUUAGCCAACCCACAUGCUAUAUAUGUAUGUAGGUAAUACACUGGCUGCACCCGCACAUGCAAUAUUUUUUGUUAGUGGUAUAGCACAUAGGCCAAAUAGCCACAUGCUAUAUUAAUUUGUAUGGGGUAAUACAUUGGCUACUAUCCACCUGCUAUAUUUAUGUGUAUGGGGGUUAUACACUAGCUACUAUCAACAUUCUAUAUGUAUGGGGAUAAUACACUGGCUACUAUCCACAUGCUAUAUUUAUGUGUAUGGGGGUUAUACACUAGCUACUAUCAACAUUCUAUAUUUAUUUGUAUGGGGUUAAUACACAGGCCACUAUCAACAUGCUAUAUUUGCGUGUAUGGGGUAAUACACUCAGGCUUCUAUCAACAUGCUGUAUUUAUGUGUAUGGGGGUUCUACACUGGCUACUAUUAAUAUGCUAUAUUUAUGUGUAUGGGGUAAUACACUGGCUACUAUCAACACACUGGCUACUAUCCAGAUUCAAUAUUUAUGUGUAUUGGGGUUAUACACUGACUACUAUCAACAUUCACUAUUUAUGUGUAUUGGGGUUAUACAUUGGCUACUAUUAAUAUGCUAUAUUUAUGUGUAUGGGGUAAUACACUGGCUACUAUCAACACACUGGCUACUAUCCAGAUUCAAUAUUUAUGUGUAUUGGGGUUAUACACUGGCUACUAUCAACAUGCUACAUUUAUGUAUAUGGGGGUAAUACACUGGCUACAUGUUGCAAGGCCAAACCCCAACAUGUUGUAAUUCUAUGCACAUAACACACACUCACCAGCACCCCAUUAGAUGUUUUGAUUCCUACACGCUAUUGUAGUUACUAUUUCUGUUGAACCAUUUGCAUAACAUACUAAGCAGUACCUCUUAAUCAUUUAACAAAUCACAUUUUUCAAGGUUGCAUUGAUAUUGUCAUGGAUAUUUGUUCAUUGGUAAAUGCAUUGUAAUAUUCGAACAAAAAGCAUGAAAGCUCUUUAUGUCAGUCUUCAAUUUUUAGUAUUAUAGUUCAGUUUGAGAAAUAUAAGACAUAGCUGGUCAAUGCUAGUUAGAUGUUUGUGUGUGUUUAAUAUGAUAGAAAGUGAAAUGGCAUUUAAAAGAGAUUGUUCUUUGCUUAAGUCGUGUUCGAUUUAUUUUGAAAUAAGAGGAAAAAAUGGCUUAAAAGGUAAAUGCUGGUAGAGUUAUCAAAGCAAGUGGCAUGAAAUGAGUUGGGAGUAACAAUUUUGGCGAAAAUAUGGAAUUGUUUCCAAGACAACAGAGUUUCACCUUAGUUGCACACUCUCCUUUAGUUUUGCACCUAAGUCACUAGCAUUUGUUAUAAUGUUACUAGAAAAAGUGCCUUGGUUUUAAUACAUUUGUCUUAUAUGGUGAGUUCACUGUCCAUAGUACCAAAAUAAGUCAAGUUGUUCAGGAAAUGAAAUAAAAUUAUGCUGAUUUAAUGUUUUAUUGCCAUAUAUUUGAAUAUUAGUUGUUUUCUUGUUUUAUCCACUCUCUUAGAUGAUUUGUGAUAUUUUUCCUGCGUGUUGUUUUUGUUUAACACAGAAACUAUUUGCCAAAGCAGUGUUGUUUUGUUGUCACAAAGAGACCAAGCUAUAUCCCAGAACAAAAACAAUAUACAGAGGGAGCCAUUUCAAAUUUUAGUCGUAAAUUUAAAUUAUCUUAACCCAUAGUUUUAUUAUUUAGCUAGAUAUUUGUGUAAUCUUAACUAGAGCCAGUUUCACAGAUAAACACUAUGUUGAGGAAAUGAAAAAAAGUCAAUAGUCAAUCAUUUUUGACGUUUAUACAGAUUAAGAUUAUUGGAGUUACGACAAAAAUCUUUAAUUGAAAUGGCCCCCAGGGCGCAUGAGUAUGAAUGUUCUCAGGUCUGAAUUUUGACCCAAGACUCGGAAGUAUAUUUUAAUGGAUUAUUUUGUAAAUGUCCUCGAUGGUGAACCUUGUUUUAUAAAUCACCACUCACAAGACUUAGUAUCUCUGUAAUUUAUACAGAUUUAAAAAUACAGUCAAAACUCGCUAUGUCAAACUCUGUUAUCUCACUGUUCUGGAUAUGUCAAACUUUCUUUCGUAAAGGGUUGGGUUAAGUUAUACACUUAAUAUAUUUCGGUUAUAAUGAAUGUACAUUAUUUGGAAGUAUUUCCAGAGGUCCCAACGAUUUGACAUAGCAAGUUUUGAUUGUAGAAACAUCAAUGCAACAUAAAAUGAUAUGUUACGUUUUAAGAAGAUUUAAAAAUCAUCUCAAGUUGAGAGUCUGAUGUGAGACUGUUGAUAAAGAUUGUCCCUGUUAAGCUUUAAAAGUGUUUAGAUUAGUUACCAUAGCAAAACUGUUUUAUAUUUUCAUUCUUGUAGGGUUGACUCCAAGUACCAAGCAUUCUUCAUUCAUGUUUUGAUGUACCCUGUACCAUUUUCUCCAUAUACCAACGUCAGCUGUGUAUAAACUCAUAAAAACAUCCUCAUUGGCAUUUUUCAAUAGCUGUAUGUGGACUUGUAUUAACUAUUAAUAUAAAUCCACGAAGUUAAAGAAAGUGUUUACGCAGUUUUCAUGUAUUCUUACUUGCUCAGUUUUGGUGGAGGGUGGAUGGAUUUGUGUGAGUGAUAUUGUUGGCUCCAGUUUGUCCUAUAAACAUGUGUGCCAGUUGAUUGUUAAUCUUGUAUAACAAUAUGAUGAGUAUGAACCUUCUCAACAAGAGUGUUAAAGACUGAACCAUGGUUUUGUAUUGUUUAAUUUUGUCCCUUGAAAUAAAUUUUGAUAAAAGUAAAGAA